AUGUUUCCGACGAGGCAGGACAAUUGUUUCCCUCCAGACCGAGGAGUGGAGUACCGGUCUCUGGUGGGCGUGCCGGGUGACACGUCGGGGCCUGACGAUAUAGAGAAACGGCCAGGCGGCGAUCACGACCGCGAUAUCAUUAUCCCGCCUCACCCUCGAAACACGGAUGUGUGUGUUUUGUUUGAAGGUGUUGUCAUGAACAGGGCGACUUUCCCGUUCUUCAAGGGCAAGAUUUACCACCAGUUCCACAACGACAUGUCUGAGGACUACGGCCGCAAGUACAACAACUUGCGGAAGCAGUACGCCGAGGAGGGCACGAUGCAAGAAACCGACUGCCCCGAGAAUUUCAUGUAGUGCGAAGCAGCAGUGAGUGCGCCCCUCUUCCCUGUUGCGCUGUUUAUGCGUGAAGCGAAGUCUCGAAAUUAUGUCAACCAGGAAGCGAAAGUUAAGGCCGGCCCGGCGACUCAGCACGGUUCAGCUCGACAAGUCCCCGUCCGUGUGUUGCCCAAACGUUGUUGCGGGGAGAUGCUGUGUUCUCUUCCAUUUGAUGCCUGGCAGGGGAAAACCUAGCGUUAAGCCCCAGUGUGGUAGAGUUGAAGUGGCAGCAGUACCCAACGAAGACAGGGGCAAGCAGGAGGAAAGCCCCGAGCAGGUUCGACC